GGGGGUGGGGGGCGGGGCCGGCCCGAUCCCGGUGACCUUGCGGGGAGGGGCGGACAGACGGACCCGGCACCAUGCGGGGAGCGAGAGCGGCCCCCGGGCUCUGCCUGCGGCUCCUGCGCCGCCCCCCCCGCGGCUCUGGGGGGCCCUUGGCCGGGACAUACCCCACCCCCCUGCCCUACGCCACCUGUCUGUACAGCACCCAUGCUGCCGAGGCUGUGCUGGAGAAGGCUGGAGCAGGGACGGCUUCUCCGACAGUAUCCAAGACCAAGUCCCUGCUGGGGGAGUCGAAGUCUUUCGCCAUGGGGAUGUUCCAGGGUCGGAUGACCACGGAGCAGGUGUUCCCCUACCCGUCAGUGCUGACCGAGGAGCAGGGCCAGUUCUUGAAGGAGCUCGUGGGACCCGUCAGCCGUUUCUUCCAGGAGGUGAACGACCCGGCGGCGAACGACUCGCUGGAACGAGUGGAGGACCGGACCAUGCAGGGGCUGAAGGAGCUGGGGGCCUUCGGGCUGCAGAUCCCCCCCGAGCUGGGGGGUCUGGGGCUGAGUAACACCCAGUACGCCCGGCUGGUGGAGAUCGUGGGGCUGCACGACCUCGGCGUGGGGAUCACGCUGGGGGCCCAUCAGUCCAUCGGCUUCAAGGGGUUGCUGCUCUACGGGACGCCCCAGCAGAAGGAGAAAUACCUGCCCCGGCUGGCCACAGGAGAGACCAUCGCCGCCUUCUGCCUGACGGAGCCGGCCAGCGGCUCGGACGCCGCCUCCAUCCGCACCACCGCCCGGCCCAGCCCCUGCGGCGCCUACUACACCCUGGACGGGGGCAAGAUCUGGAUCAGUAACGGCGGGCUGGCCGACCUCUUCACCGUCUUCGCCAAGACCCCCGUAAAGAACGAGGCGACGGGCGAGGCGAAGGAGAAGGUCACGGCCUUCAUCGUGGAGCGAGCGUUCGGGGGGGUCACCCACGGCCCCCCCGAGAAGAAGAUGGGGAUCAAGGCGUCGAACACGGCCGAGGUGCACUUCGAGGGCGUGCGGGUGCCGGCGGCGAACGUGCUGGGGCCGCCGGGCGCCGGCUUCAAGGUGGCCAUGAACGUCCUCAACAGCGGGCGGUUUGGCAUGGCGGCCGCGCUGGCCGGGACCAUGCGGGGCGUCAUCGGCAAGGCGGUGGAGCAUGCAGCCAGUCGCACCCAGUUUGGGGACAAAAUCCACAAUUUUGGAGCCAUCCAGGAGAAGCUGGCACGUAUGGCCAUGCUGCACUAUGUCACUGAGUCCAUGGCGUAUAUGAUCAGCGCUAACAUGGACCAAGGAGCGGCCGAUUUCCAAACGGAGGCAGCCAUCAGCAAAAUCUUCGGCUCGGAAGCUGCCUGGACGGUGACGGAUGAGUGUAUCCAGAUUAUGGGCGGCAUGGGCUUCAUGCAGGACGCCGGCGUGGAGCGGGUGAUGCGGGAUCUCCGGAUCUUCCGGAUCUUCGAAGGGACCAACGACAUCCUGCGGCUCUUCGUGGCUCUGAACGGCUUCCAGAACGCCGGGAACCAGCUGCGGAGGCUGCAACAAGCCCUGAAAAGCCCCGUGGGGAACGUGGGGCUGCUGGCGCAAGAGGCCACCCGACGUCUCCGCAGGAAAGCCGGGUGGGGCUCCGGGAUCACCCUGAGGGACGUGGUGCACCCCGACCUGGACCCCAGCGCCGAGCAGCUGGUGCGCGGGGUCGAUCUCUUCGGGGCCACGGUGGAGGAGCUGCUCCUGAAAUACGGCAAGAAAAUUGUGGACGAGCAGUUCGUGCUGAAGCGGGUGGCGGACGGGGCCAUCGAUCUCUACGCCAUGGUGGUGCUGCUGUCCAGGGCGUCGCGCUCCCUGGCCCAGGCCCAGCCCACCGCCCAGCACGAAAAGCUGCUCUGCGAGACCUGGUGUGAGGAGGCCUACGAGCGCCUCACGGCCACCCUUAGCCCGCUGAGCUCAGACGGCGCCCGGCACACCUUCCGGCAGCUGCGGAGCAUCUCCCGGGCCGUGGUGGAGAGCGGGGGUGUGGUCUCCCCCAACCCCUUGGGCUUCUGAGCCCCGACGCAGCUCCAGCGGGGACAGGGGAGACGUGCCUGGGACACUCUGACCCCCAAACUGGCCCCUUCCACUUCCCGGCAUACACCUCUGCCCUCUCCCUGAAGCAUCUGGGAACGGAGGGGGGGGCAAUUAGUGGGGUACUGUACCCCUUUCCCUUCCCCCAAUACGCCCAGCCUAACAUGCUACCUCUGGGAUAUAGCUCUUCUGCUGAGGAAAUGCCUUAAUGUGCCCCUGUUGGAGGAGGGGGAAUGUCUGUUUCGAGGCUCCCUCAAGGACGGGAAAUGUCUGUUUCGAGGCUCCCCGAGGAGGGGGGAAAUGUGUCUUUUGAGGCUACUCUGGAGGAAGCAGCGGGAUCUGCCCUGUAGGAGGAGAGAAAUGUCUACCCUGGAGGAGGGGGGAACUACCCGGGGAGGUGGAAUGUCUUUUUCAAGGCUCCCCCAAGGAGGGGGUAAAUGUCUGUUUCGAGGCAGCCCCAUGAAGGGAAAUGUGAGUUACAAAGGUCCCCUCUCCCCCCUGGGGAUAGAUCUGAGCUUUAAUCAGCCAUAGCUGCGUUAUGUUCCCCUGAUGACGGGUCGGUUUUAGGGUGGGGGAGGUGCCAGGCUGGUGGGGGCGGGGGGGUUGCCCACAAAUCUUGCACCUGUGGGAGAAAACCGGGCACCCCGACACUGCUGCCCUCCAAGCAGGGGUGCCCCCAGAAAUGGGGCUCCCCCGAUCCCAGCCAGCAUCAGCCCGGCCCGGCUGCUGUUUCCUUGUCGGUAAUAAAUCAAACAUUUUGGAGGA